AUGGAACGCCACCAAACACGCUCUGUUUCGGUCAUGCUGGCUUCGCUGCUGGCGUUCGGUGCUCUUGCAGGCGCAGCUGCCUUUGUCCAGGGCAGGCCUGGAGCAUCUUCAGAGCCAUCGUUGCGGUCGAAGAAGUUGGCAGAUUCGCUGCACCCGCUGCCAGAUGAGGAAGCAAUGGACUCUCCUUUCGACUGGCUGUCGAGCGUGUCCUCCCACGCCCUCACGGCCGGCGCAGUCCUGGGCUUGGUGCUGGCACUGGCGCAGGCUCCGGUCCGAGCCGAAGACAGGUCUCGCUUCGACGUGGAGGCUCAGGUGGUCAUGGCCAAGGGCAGCUCCCCAAUGAAGGAGAAGACGAAGAAGGAACUUCUCGCAGAUCAAAAGAAGGUUGAGGAGGCCACCAAGACAAAGGUGCGCACUUCCAAGGACGCCUUCGGCAAGUUUACGGAGGGCUUCGAAACCGAGGCCCUUGGCACCGAGUUCAACGAUGUGCGGCCGGCCCGCUCAAAAGUGCGCAAGUCUCUCCAGAAGGCCAACGAGGGCUUCAAAGUUACGGGCUUGCCUGAUCUGCCUUCCUUGGGCCUCCCCGCGCUGCCGAGCAUCUCUGGGCCUUCCGUUCCGGAGCUGAGCAGCGAAGCCACUGCUGGCAUCGCCUCAGGAGCUUUGGUGUCGCUGGGGCUGCCGGCCCUCGCCGUGGCCGGAGUUGUAAACAGCCGAAUCGCGGACAAGCAGCGUGAAGAGGCAGAGAGGAUUGCUCGGGAGAAGAAGGAGGGAGAAGCCACCACCGGAGCCAUUCUGACAGUAGCGGGCCUUGGUGCGGCCGCACUGCUCACCGGUGCGGUGAUCUCCUCGAUUCCGCCGCAGAAGGCCCCAGUGCCCACGAAGGAGGUGACGCAGACCCAACCGGCCUCGAAGCCAGCCUCUGAGGAGGCCGCACCGAAGCCGGCGGAAGCAGCAAAGGCGGAUGAUGCGGAAAAGAAGGCGGCGGCGGAGAAGGCGGCGGCGGAGAAGAAAGCGGCCGAGAAGAAGGCGGCGGAACAGAAGGCGGUGGCCGAGAAGGCUGCCACCUCGUCCUCGUCUUCGGGAGAGGGGCCGCCGGUAGCCUUGAUCGGUGGGGCAGUGGUGGCUGUGGGGGCAGUGGUCGCUGCUGUGGCCUCUGGUGGCGGAGAGGAAAAGAAGGUGGAGGCCGAAGAGCCCGCUGCAGAGCCCGCAGAGCCCGAAGCUGCCGAAGAACCUGAGACCGACACCAAGACCAAGAAAGGGGCCAAGGGGAAGAAGGGGAAGAAGGGGAAGGGGAAGAAGUGA